GAAGGUCAAAUGGAAAUGAAAUGUCGCAACUGGAAGUCUUGUUAUACGAAAAUAAAGUUAAAAUUAAAGUUAAAGGCAAGUAAAGUUGGUUGGAUUCGGAAUGAUAUGGCCUAAAAAACUGUGCAAACCUUAGGGGAGGUGUUCGGUAUUUGUCAUAGGAAUGCACAAUUGCAAGGCAUGAAUCUGCAUGAUUGCACCAUAAUUUGUAAUUGGAACACCCACUGGGCAUUGGUAAAGUGAUCAAUUAUUAAAAUCCGUGGAGACCGUGUUUAGCGUGAUUGUUGCUAAGUUCAAGCAUAUUUUGAUCCAUUCUGGUUUUCGUGAAGAAUAAUAUGAAUGUUUCACUUGAUAUAGCAUCUAUAGUGUUGGAAUUAACCGACCAAGCCCGGCAAGCCGAGUGCGGCCUUGUCUCUGUCGAACUUCCGUUUUAGUUUCGUUUUUCGUUUAUAUUCCUCGAUAAAUCAAGAUCAGCCAUCUUCAGAUUCUCUGUCGAUUCUGUCUUCGUACAAUUGAUUCUGUCUUCGAACAAUCAGAGGGUAUUUCCUCGUAGAAAUGGCAGAGGGAAACGAAGAGUUUACUUUCUUUUGGCGAGAUAAUUCCCCUUUCAGUCAAUGGCACAAAUCAAUUUUCACUUUGGACGAUAAAACAUUCAUCUGUGCAGAGCAAUACAUGAUGUAUGCCAAGGCAGUUUUGUUCAAUGAUAUGGAAAUAGCAGAAAAAAUACUACAAACGAAAGAUCCAAGGAGGCAAAAGCAACUUGGACGUCAGGUUAAGAACUUUGAUCGAGAUAAAUGGAAUGAGAAAUGCAAAGAAAUUGUCAAGAAAGGAAAUACAGCCAAGUUUUCGCAGAAUGAAAAAAUGAAAGAGAAGCUGCUGGCGACAAAAGGUACAGUGUUAGUUGAGGCAAGUCCUUAUGACCGUAUAUGGGGAAUAGGAUUGGAUGAAAAUGACCCAAGAGCAAAGGACAAAACCAAGUGGCAAGGGACAAACUGGUUAGGCUAUAUCCUUACUGAAGUCAGGAAUGACCUUCUUCAAAGUAGUAAUGAUUGAUAUAUAGAAUGGAUUUACUCUUAAAAUUGCCCUCCUCUUCAAGCAUUGGUUAGAGUUGGUAAGGGCUUUAUUUAACUUGCAUGCAGAGUUGUAAAUAAGUUUAAUUAUUUUAAAGAUAUUCUGAAAGACAUUUGCUGGGCUUUAAACUAGUCUAUAAAAUAGUUAGUACCCAAAACAAAACAACCAUGGUAACAUGCAAUGAUAUUACAUGAGUGAUUAGUGAUUUUAAUGUUAUAACAAUGUAAACAUGUUCCA